GGGCGGGGCUCUGGCUCUGGGCCGGCCGCGGGAGGGGCUGGAGAAGAGGCGGCCGGCAGAGACCCGCCGCCGCCGCCGCCGCUCGCGCUGCCUCCGAGAGAGCCGGGGGAGGAAGCGAGGCGCCUCCUCUUGUUCCUCCGGGUCACCCCCCUCCCCAGCCCCUUCUUCCUGGUCCCUGCUAAGAGGUCCGUAACGGCUGCGAAGGGGCCGGCGGCGGCCAAUGCGAAAUUGGUUGGUCCUUCUGUGCCCGUGUGUGGUCGGGGUCGUGCUGCACCUCUGGCUGCUCCUCCUCAGCUGCCCGGCGAGUGGCCCCGGGAAGCAGCACCCGGCAGGUAGGUCGGGGAGGGAGGGAGCAAGCAAGCGGGGAGCGGCGCCCGCCUGCCCGCCUCCCUAAGGGAAGGAGGGAGGGGUGGGCGGCAUUUCACCCUGCUCUUCCCUCGGGCGUGAGGUGAGGUGGGAGAGAAGCCUGCAUGGGGGGUGAAGGUGGGUGGGCGCCUUUCUCGCCCUGGGUGGAGGGAAGGGAAGGGCAACGGGUAGAGGCAGGCCCGGCUCCAGCUUUGGGGGGGCGCUCUGGGCAGGCUGCCCUUGACGGAGCCCUGCCAAGCGCCUGUUGAGCCCCCUUUCCCCGCUCUCAGGAGGGCUCACCUGGCGUCGCCCGUAGUGGGCUGCUGCCUCCUGAGGGCGAGGGAGAAGGGCAAGGGGCGAAGGUAGUGCCCGCCUCCCCCCCCCAAAAAAAACUUAGGUAUUGGUAGAGCAGGGGAUGGCGACGUGCUGCCUCCCCCCCCCCCCCAGGCAAGCAAGGUUACUGGCGAAAGCAACCGGGAGACGGUGGGGUGCAAAAACCGCCCCCUCAGAGGGUGGGGAGGGUGGUUUGCCUCCUUCGUUUUGGAGGGAGUUUAGGAGAUGGGGCACCCGCGGGAGAAGUGUAGAGCAGGGGAUUGUGGAUCAGGAGGCAUGAGGGAGGCGGGGGGGGGGGGAGGUUGAGGGAAUGAAGGGCAUAAUUCACCCAGGCACUGGGAGAGAAGUUGGGACAAAGGUAGGAGGGAAGUGCUGUAAAAAUAAGGCACACAGAGCAAAUGAGAAAGGAGGUUGGCUUCGUCCCCACUUGGUUUGUAGGAGAAUUGAAUAGUGGGAAAAGAUUCCUCAUAAAGCAUAAAUAAGAUAAGACAAGACAAGACUCUAAGCCACCUUUUCCAUAUGUGUUCUUAUUGAGAAGUGAAUGAGUUCAAUGAGCCUUCCUCUCAAGAUAGUCAUUUUUGGCUUGUAAUGCUCAUCUAGACUAGGGGGGAAAGUGAGAGGUGAGCUAAGAACUAACAUGCCUGAGGAAAAGGAAAUCCUGUGUAUGUGUGGUGGGCAGGAGGAACCCUCAACCUGGCUAUUGACCUGAAGGGUGGGGACUCCUAUCCAGUCAUCCAUUAUUAUUGAAGCAACUAAAGAAAGAUGAGGAGGAGGAGGCCUCCAGGCAUUCCUUUCCUAAAAUUUAAUUUUUGGGGAUCUCUGUUGGUUCAAGACAGAUUGGAAAAGAAUAUGUGCUAGCAAAACUAUUUAAAUAAAGGAAUAAGUCGGCACUAAGAAACUCGGGAAGAAAACUUCUGGGGAAAAAGAAUUGCAAACUAAAUUACUGACAGAAUACUGUAUGAUUGAUUUGGCCAUCUACUGGGCUGAUCAUACGAAACAGAUUUAAUGAAACCAAAUGCUGGAGUACUUUGGAGUAAAUUGUCAUCAAUCAGUGAACUAGUAUGUAUUUGUCUAUCACAUUCUGAAGGAAAAAAAUGGCCCAAUAAAUUAGACCCCAGUCCCUUUGUUCUCUUGAGUAUUUAUGACAAACAUGCUGCCUUCAAGAUCAUCAAAUCUCUUUUGAAAUUAGGAUAGGGGCAAAAUUGCAAACGUUCCUCUCAGAGUGUAGUGAAACUUAAACUUUGGUUGCACCUACUCUCAGACCUUUUGCUUAGUCUUGUUUACAAAGUUUACCUGUUUGCUUCUACCAAGAGGGUUCAAGACACACCACUCUGCUCUUUGUCCAUCUAGUUAAUUAGUUAGGUUUUUUUAUUCCAUUUAUGUAUUGUUCCAUAAAAUAUCCCAGAGCAAUAUUACAGUAAAACCAUCCUCAGCUCCUUCCAACAAGCCUUUUUAGUAGAGAUACUUCUCAGCCUAUAUCCAUGUUCAGAUUGUUAUGAGGUGUUUUACGGGUGUGUUUGUUGCUGUUGAGAGAAAGGACAGGGCAAGACAUAAAUUUAACAACAACAAUUCCAUAGGUAGAAACAAUUUCAUAUGUAACAGAUUUCCACUGAAAAGCCAUGUUGAAAAAUGAAGAUCUUUAAUAGGCACUGAAAAGACAAUGAGACAGCACCUGUUGUCUCUAGCACCUGCCUAAUGUUUAAUGGAAAGGAGUUUCAAAGGGUAGGGGCCACCACACUAAAAGUCAGUUUCCUGUAUCAUGUGGAAUGAACCUCCUUGUAAGAUGGUGUCUUCAGGAGGCCCUCUCCUGCAGAGUUCAGUGAACUGUUGGGUGUAUAGUUGGCAUCUCAAGUUCCUGCUUUCCCCUAUUCUCAUUAAUAAAUUUAUAGACUGCUUCACAGCAUAAAACCAUCAAAGUGGUUUCAUUCAGACUUGUAGUCUGCCUCCAUUCUUUAUCCUUCUCUGGGGUCCAGGUAGCAGUUUAGCUUUCAAAAGUAACUAGAACUGGGAGCUAAUUAUGUGUUAGACCUGCUCCUUAAGUAGCUUUAUGAAUUGGAUUCUAAUUCCCUCGUGUUUCUACUUAGUUACAUGUAGUGGCAAACACCAGUGUUUUCAUCCUGUUGCUGUACCUCUGAUUAGUUACCUGCCUUUUACUGUGGAUGUGGCAUUAGGGCUAUGACACAAAAAGUGCAUUGAGCUUUGUGCAUGGCGGCUUACUGCUCCAUAAGUGGUCCAAAGACCAUGUGAUGACUGAAGAUUUUUUUUGUGAGGUUUAGGAACAAAUCAGUUAGUGUUUUGGGGAGCAAAACUGUGUUUGAAUUGAAUUAGGACAAAGUUAGAUUCAUACUAGUCUUUCUUUCCAACUUGUUGUAGAAUACUCCCUGAAUCUAAUGACUAUGAGUUUUGUACCAGCUAAAGCUCCUAGACCAGCUUCAAGGGAAGCCCUCCACAGAGCACACCGCAGUAAUCCAAUUUUGGAGUUGCUGAUGUAUGGACCAAUGUGACAAGGCUAUUCCUGUCCAUGAAUGGUCUUAGCUGGUGAAAGGUACUCCUAGGCUGCUUGAGCCUCCAGUGACGAAAGUAGCUCAAUGAGAACCCCAAGACCAGGUACUUGUUCCUUUAGGAGAAGUGCAAUCUGCCUAAUUUCUAUACCCAAGAACCACACACCCAGAGAACUUUAAUUUUGCCAGGUUCAGACUGGACCUCAUCCAGCCCACCACUGCUUCCAGGCACUGGUCCAGGACUUCCACAGCCACACCUGACUUAGAUGUAACUGAGAAGUAGAGCUGGGUAUUAUCAGCAUACUGAUGACACAGUGUUCCAGAUCCCCUGAUAACCACUUCCAACAGCUUCAUAUAGCUAGUAGGGACAAAUAUACAUUAUAGCUUCAGAAGCAACCCAGAUAUUUCAAGAAAUUCUAGUAAAAUGUACAAAGAAAAGUCUCUUCGACCAGAAACUCCUUAGAUUCCUUGAGACAUUAUCAGGAUAUAUUUGAUGGGUUUUACUUUGUCCUAAUACUGGCUUUCAAAUACUUGCAUAAUAACAAGCACAGAAAUAAUACACAGAAAUAAUAAAACACAGAAAUAAUAACAAGCAUGCUUUCCACAGAUCAAAAAACAGCCUGGAGACAGGAGUACUAAAACACAUUUGCAGACUUUUUUUUUUUAGGUUGGCAUCACUUUCUUCAAAAGCUUAGGUCAAGUGUAUAACACAUCUAAAACCAGCAACAGAGAAAACAUGGUUCACAGAUUUUGACUGGUAUUGAUAGCUAAGAUCUUUUCCCUCUCUUUGUCCCUGUUCCCCCACAGAGGUGGACCACAAUAAUCUUCUGUUUCCUCUUCAGCUCUAAAUUGGACAGUCUUUGGGGCAGGGGAACAGGGAAUUUGAAUGGUGCUGGACUGCUGAGCAGCUCAGCCCAGGCCAAGCCCCACUUUGGAAUGUGGGGCCGGGGAUCUUCCCCUCAGUUGCAGAAUCUUUCUAUGUAGACUGCAGAGUGAAACUGCAGGAAUAAUUCCUGUCUCUUCCUCAAUUCCAUAUUGGAGAGGAAGCCUGGAGUUCUGGGGCAGCAAGAGGUGGACAGAUAUAUUUAAACAGUCACAACCUUUAUUGUACCACUGCAUAGCUGGUGACCAGGACUAGAUUAAAAUUGGGGUGUGAAAUUGGAGAGGGUGCCCACUCCCCUGUUCUUACAGAGAGAUGUGGGUGGAAUUGUGGACUCAUGGCAAUGAGAUCAGGAGUGUAAAGUGACUUCCACUCACUUAAUUGACUCGGAGGGGAAUUUUCCUUGGCUGUAUAACACCAACUCACUCUCUCCAUACGUGUGGCACUUGUGCCCAGCUAUUUUUUUAGUGUGAAUUUUAGAGCAUUUCCUCCUUAGAUUGAACCUAUUGUGUAAACCAGGCAUAGGCAAACUUGGCCCUCCAGAUGUUUUGGGACUACAACUCCCAUCAUCCCUAGCUAACAGGACCAGGGGUGAUGGGAAUUGUAGUCGCAAAACAUCUGGAGGGCCAAGUUUGCCUAUGCCUGGUGUAAACCUUUUGUAAUUCAAAUUUAUAAUCUUGUGACUACAGGAUUCCAUUCUUAAAACUGUGUGCCAGCAACAAUAUAUUAUAUAAGAUACUCAUAGAAGACAGUGAUAUUAUGAAAUGUCACCAUGCUGUUAAAUCUUGAACAUGCAAUGUAAAUUUGAAAAUCUUUUGGGAUAUGCUAAAAUUAGACUUCUGAAAUUACCUCUUCCUGCCUUACGUGCAGUAGUUGUUCUAAGCUGUCCAGGCACUUAGUUGAUUUGUCAUCUUAAUUUUUUUGGAUGCAAUCUCAAAUUAAGCAGAGUGAGAUGAAACUGAUCUCUUGCCAGUGCUAAAUAUACAUCUGAGCAUUUCCAUUAUAGAAUAACUGAAGAUACAAGCCUAUCUUUCUCAAUUGACUAGGAUUAUGCCAUGUUUAUUUAGUCUCAGUUUAGGAAAAUGCCUUAGUGUAAAGGAACAUUUGUUUAUUGUAGGUUUUUGUGUGAAGCUUUUCACCAUAGCAGUUGGAUAUGCAUAUGUUUAGCUGAGAAUGCAGUUUAAAACAUAUAACCUUCCUUCUCUCCCUCAUGAAAAUUUCAGAGUACUGGCUCAUUUCCAAUGCAGUGCUAAGUAAGUGUCCCUUUAGCGCAAGGAUUCUUGCUUGCUUAAUAAACUUUUCUUUCCCCCCGUCCACGUGCUCCCUAAAUCUAUUUUGUGAGUUCCCCCAACCCUCUGGAGCAGAUUUGGGAGGGUGUGGGACACACGUUGGGGAUGGGAGGGGGAAGUUCUAGUGGGAAUCCUUGAGCUUAUGGGACUGCAUUGUAUACAAACCACUGAGACUCCCCAAAUUCUGCCUUGGUUUAUAUUAAUGUUAACUAUACAAUAAUAGCUUUAUCUUCUCAGUAUUGCAGGCUUCAAAUUAUAUGCAAUCCAUUCAUUUUAGUGUGUAAAGUGCUCUUGUGCCAAAGCUUCAAACUCCUCAAAUAUGUGAAAUUGCAUUUCUAAAUCCCUUGUGUUCUUUACCUAUUAAUCUAAGAAAUAGCUUAUUAUUUUUAAAGAUUUCUUCUCUUGUUACACAGGUUUGGCUUGUUUAGCUUGUAUGUAGUUAAUUCUGGUUGAAGAGUUAGCAAGUUAAUGCAAACUAAAAUCAGCUUCCAGUGUUGUGUUGUUUUUCUAAAGUUACUGCCCCAGUAUUGUUUACCAUUUCACCACCAUUUGAAUGAUCUGCCUAUAGCUCUCGCCACCCUACUUGUGCACUUGCUUUUCUAGUAAAGCAUUGUUAAUUUCUACUUCCUAGGUCUACUGGCUUUCUUUCCUCAUUGGAAACCGAAACAUUAUGAUGUCAUCGUAGGGGUACUGUCUGCACGACAUAAUGAUGGGUUGCGGAAUGCUAUAAGGAACACUUGGUUCAGGCAUUUGAAGCAGCACCCAGGACUGAGCCAACGGUAAUUCCAAAGAGUUGCUUGUUCCUUCUCUUAUGUACCUCAAAACCUAGUAUCCAAGCUCAUUUAUGAGAAUCUUCAAUAAGUGGAAUUAGUUCAAAAUAUUCUUUAAAUAACGCAAAACCCCCUGCUAAGUUAUAGUGAAUUCUGUUGCCUGCUUCUGAAUUCUCCAACAAGAAGUGUCCUGACCUAAAUUAAAAUGCUCAUCUGCUUGACAGUGCUUUUCUUUAUUCUUUUAAUGAACAUGUCAUAAUACUGUCCUAUGUAGCUGGAAUACUCCAGGAUGACACUUCAUUACAUAUUAAGAUAUGCAUUACUGUUGAAAAAAGAUGGCAGCAAAACAAGGCAAGUGGAUGUAAUAGGUUUCCAUGCUAAUUUUACUGGCUUUUAAUAAAUCAUUUCUGUGAUUAUUAAUCCUUUAUGGGGGAAAGCAUUUAGAAGAUCAUUAAUCUCAUUUUAAUUAAUCUGGAAUGAAUACCAGUGUCUAGUUUUCUCUUUCAAAUAACUGAGGAAACUUAGAAUUGCUACUCCACAGAAACAAGUAAACAAGUUGCACAGGGAAGUCCUUCCUUUUUAUACCUUGAGCCCCGAAAAUCUGUGGUUUCUUGGACAGCAUCCCAUGAAGCAUCUGAAACAUCAGAGCUCUCCCUCCAAGAGUAGGAGGAUUGCUCCAACCUUGGAGAGCAAGCUCUGAUGUUGAAUGCCCAUAUUAGAUGCCCUUCACUACUGCAGAAACUUCAGCUGCCUUUAAUUGUUUUUUUAGUUAUUGUUUCUUUUUCUAUGUUUUAGCUAUUCUUAGUUUAUCUGUAAGCUGCCUUGAGUCUCUGACAGGGAGAAAGGUGGGGUAUAAAACAAGAGCAUCACUAGGGCUGAAUAGGGGAUGUGACAGGGAAGAUUAGCCUGACUAGCAGAUGGCUUGGAUCCAAAGGAUCAAAUAUCUCCCCACCUCCACUGCAUGCCCCCAAACCACAGAAAACACUACAGCCCAGGAGCUUUAAAAGAAAAAAAAAUCCUGGGAAAAGAUGGCAAAGUGUGGUGGAUGGAGCAGUUAAUCUGCCUUCAGUUCUCCUGUCCCCACCUGCCCCCGCUUUAGGGUUGCAGCCUUAAUCUUUUGUAAAGGACAAAAGUGGGUGAAGUGUGUUGUGGUUUUCUUGUGUGAAGCAGUCUUCAUAAUUCUGAAAAUUAUGGAACAGAAAUCAGUAAAUGUUGUUAAUGACAAUAUUUUAGUGUCCUUGUGAAGUUUAUAAUUGGUGCACAUGGAUGUGAUGUGCCAGUAGAAGAUAGAGAAGAUCCUUAUUCAUGCAGACUUCUGAACAUCACUAACCCAGGUAAAAACUUUUAGAAAUCUUUUGGAUGGAUUGCUUAUUAUGUAGCAUAUGCUUAUAGCUAAUUAGCUCUGCGAACAUUGCAACUGCUGCAGUUUAUUGCCCAUUGAGCUAUUUUUACACUAGAAAUCUCUCAUACUAAGCCAAACAUUUUUAGGCUGUUAUGACAGUUUUAGCAAGGACCCCUUCUUUGUUUUACAUCGAGCCCACCCACUCUUCUUAAUUGGUGCAGUUGGAUAUACUUUUAAGUAAAUGUCUUAGGGAUUAAAGUGUAAGCUGUUUCUAAGUACAUUAUCCACUGCACUUGCCAGUGAUUGUAAUUAAUAUGGAAAAAAUCCAUGUCUUCUGUAAUAAGCGUGUUCAAGAGUUGCUUUCUCUCAAUCACCUUUUUUAAAUUGACUUCUGUUGUGCUCUUUGUUACUCCCCCCCCCUUCCAAUAGUGCUGAAUCAAGAAGUUGAAGCAUUCAAUUUGCCAGAGGAUGACACUUCAGCGCUCUUGGAAGAUAGAGUUGUCAGUGUGCAUUUCAAAGUCCUUUACCCGAUUGUCAUCACCAGUCUUGGGGUGUUCUACGAUGCUGAGGGUGUAGGAUUCCAGAGAAACAUAACAGUGAAACUGUACCAGGCAGAGCAGGAGGUAUGCUGCUGUAGUUGUCCUAAUAGAAUGAACAAAAUCCACAGCCUUUUUCUAAGUGUAGAAUAAAGGAGAGGUAACAGGUAUCUAUGAUAAACGAACGCAUAGCGUGGACUGUAGUGCCAUAACCUGCAAUUGUCAAACAAUUUGUUCCUUGAAAGUUCUUUGACAUUUGUGAGUCAGUAAGAAUAGGAUUCAUGGGGUGGGUAUAUGGGAGGAGAAAUAAAUAGAAAAGGGCAAAAAGUCAGAUAUUUCUAUGCCCUCUCUAUGUUUUGUGCCAAAACAUUGAAGAAGAUGGUUUAACUAUGAUUUCUGAUAGUCUUCUGUCUGCUCUAAAAUAAUUAGGCACAGGGAAAGGGAACACAGAUUCAUUUUUCUUCAUUAGGCCAUUAAAUUAAUUUUUGUCUAGAUUUAAAUGGCUGAUGAAUCUAGGUGGGUCUCCUUCUGCUGUAGGAUAUGGCUUGGCUCCUUUGCUUGCUUGCAUGGGUUGUGUUUUUGGUGAUUUUAUAAGAUGCAAUGAAAGGGGUUGCAGCCUAAAAGAUGGGAUAUUAAAUAAAUAAAUGAUUCUACCUUGCAGUGGGUGUUAAAACUAGAUAUUAAUUUGCUUCCUGCCAGCCCUGAUGCUUUGAAUCCAUUGUGAUGGAAGGCAUAUUCCGUAUAAUGGCUUUCCAGAGGCUCAUGGUAAAUGAGUUAUGUUAGGUACAAUUCUUUCAGUGGAUUUUAAAGUAGCUAUUUAUGUAGGGUAGCUGAAAGUCCAGGCUUAAGUCACAGGUCUGCUUUGCAACUUGAGUCAGAGGACUGCUUUGCAAUGCACUUUAGAGUUUAAAUUAGCAGCCUGGGAAUGUUUUAUAUGUGGGAUUACAUUUGGCGUUACUUAUGCAGUAAUAGUAAUAACAAUAAAGGAAGUAUGCAAAAACCCUUGUAUUUAACAACUUGCCUGGUAGCCACAGAGACCAGAAAUUCCAAGCAGGCUUGUGGAGGAGGAACAGGUCACUGUAUUCCUCCUGCGCCAGACUGCUUGGUUUUUAUGUUAGCAACAGGAGGAGGAAAGCCCCUUCUAUGAUCAGCAUGGAAACACAGAGGGGAUAGUUUGCUUUGGCAAGAGAAGAAUCUUGCAUGUGCCAGAUCACCCAGGAGUGGUUUCUGAUAAUUUCUACUAAUGUAUGGGUAGUAAACAAGCACAACCAUUUUCCUUACCCAUCCCACAACCAGUUCCAAAAAUUCUAUAAAGGCUUGUAUGAGAUUGGAUUAAAAUAGGUAACAUUUGAAUGCAAAUGUGGGUUGUUCUGCUAUUAGGACUGCAUUUGAGAUAUCCUGAAAUGGAGGUUUGCAUAUUAUUGAUGUGGACAUUUCAAAUGUAGUCUGUGGUAUUUUUAUUCUGACAUGGCUACCUUUAAGUGUGCAAGGUGUUGGCUAAGGCCCUGAAGUCUUAAUAUAGGGACUUGAAAGCUUCCCCUCCUCCAUUAUUUAGCAAUGCAUAUUUGCAUUUUAGGUGUAGAGUCUUUGAAGCUUACCUUUUUAUAGGAUUUUUUCAAGAGUGGGCAGGCCAUGUAAAAAGCAUGCAGGUGAUUGCAUGUUCUCCUGUAUCUACAACUAUAUUUGAAUGUUGUAAACUGGUCAAGAGUGUGUGAAUAUUAAUUAACCUUAAUAGCAUUCGUGGCUUACAAAUGUGUUGCUUUUUGUUUUCAUAGGAGGCUCUCUUCAGUGCUCGCUUUAGUCCAGCUAGCUGUGGAGUGCAAGUAAACAGACUCUGGUAUAAACCUGUAGAACAGUUCAUUCUGCCUGAGGUAUGUGUGGAGUGUAUCUAAACUAGUUCUUUACAAUGGCAUUUGGUUUUUUCAUCUAUUAAGAAUUCUUCAGCUUUUUUUCUGUAAUUAUUAAAUUAUUAAUGGAUUUGAGACUGUGAAAUGUCACACAUACUCGGUGCUAGCAACCAUAUCUUUUUGUAGCUCAGUGCACUCUCAUUCUGCUCAUCUGUAAGUAACUGAAAUCUUCUUAACAUUCCAAUAACUUAAUGGGGAGGCGGCAUUAUAAGCUUUCAAGAGAAUUGUCUCCAAGCCCUCGUGAGUAGAGGCAGUGGAUUUUAGGCAGCUUUUAUUCAUGGGGUAAAAAAGAAGAGGCAUUAUAUUGCAUUCUAAAAUUCUGUUUCAUACUUAAUAUGGAAGAGAAUGAAUAGAUCUGGCCAGAGAAUGGAGUUCUACAUUUAGACUUGGGUCCAAAUCCUAAUGUAGAUUAAAGUAUAGAGAGAGCCCUAGAGCACAAUUCUAUUUCUUAUCCUGUUUUCCACCUAUAAAGUUGGAAUAUUAGAUAUUUCCAUCAUGGGCCUAUUCUGAAAAUGAAUGAGAUAAAAAAAUAUUAUCCCUCCUGCACGUUCCUCCAGUGAAGAGAGAAGUAUGGAAGAAAAAUGUACAGUGGUACCUCGGGUUAAGUACUUAAUUUGUUCUGGAGGUCCAUACUUAACCUGAAACUGUUCUUAAGCUGAAGCACCACUUUAGCUAAUGGGGCCUCCUGCUGCCGCCGUGCCACCGGAGCACAAUUUCUGUUCUUAACCUGAAGUACUGUUUCUGGGUUAGUGGAGUCUGUAACCUGAAGCGUAUGUAACCUGAGGUACCACUGUAAUGAGUUUUAAAAUGGGCAAAUCAUUUCAGUACAGGCAACUCCCUAUUUACGCAAGCUCCAUUUGCAUGCAACUGUGCACAUGUGUGGUGCUGGAAAUGGGUAGCACCCUGGAGAGUCCUUCUGGCUUGUGAGGAGAUCCUCCUUGGAGCCCAAAAAGGAGGGUAUCCUGAACUGAAGGCCCAGUGCGGUUUUGUUGAGGCCUCCCCACCUAACAGUUGACAUGCGGGGUAGCGCAGCAGCAGCAGCUGCUUCCUCACACAUCAGCUGCCCUCUGGCUCAUGUGCCUAAUAAUAAUAAUAAUUUUUAUUUAUACCCCGCCCUCCCUGGCCAGAGCCGGGCUCAGGGCGGCUAACACCAAUAAAAUUCACAGUAAAAACAUAAUAGGGGGAUAAGGGGAGGGGGAAACAAACCAAUUUAAAAUACAGGUUAAAAUGCAAUUUAAAAUGCAGCCUCAUUUUAAAGUAGCUGAUAAAUCAAGACCAUAAGGGGAAACAUAGGGGUCAGACUGAGUCCAAACCAAAGGCCAGGCGGAACAGCUCUGUCUUGCAGACCCUGUGGAAAGAUGUCAAGUCCCACAGGGCCCUAGUCUCUUGUGACAGAGCAUUCCACCACGUCGGGUCCAGUGCUGAAAAGGCCCUGGCCCUAGUUGAAACCAAUCUACCCUCCUUGAGGCUCAGGACCUCCAAAGUGGUGUUAUUUGUGGACCUUAAAGUCCUCUGCGGGACAUGCCAGGAGAGGUGGUCCCUUAGGUACGUGGGGCCUAGGCCGCAUAGGGCUUUAAAGGUCAAAACCAGCACCUUAAACCUGACCCUGUACUUCACUGGGAGCCAGUGCAGUUGGUAAAGCACUGGAUGAAUGUGAUCUCGCGGCAAGGACCCUGUAAGGAGCCUCGUCGCGGCAUUCUACACCCGCUGGAGUUUCUGGGUCAGCUUCAAGGGCAGUCCCUCGUAGAGCGAGUUACAAUAAUCAAGCCUGGAUCACUGUGGCCAGAUCAGGGCGAAAAAGGUAAGGGACCAACUGCGUAAUACGGCGAUGGAAAAAUGCCACCUUUGCUGUGGCUGCAACCUGCGCCUUGAUGGAAAGGGAGGCGUGGAAGGUUACACCCAAGCUCUUGACAGAAGGUGCUAGCACUAAUCGAGCCCCCGCAAGAGAUGGGAGUUGGCCCCCCAACCCUGUGUCAUCCCAACCCAGCCAGAGGACCUCUGUCUUCGAAGGAUUCAACCGGCUCCCAUGCAGCCAUCCAGCCACAGCUUCCAAGCAUCUGGUCAGUGUGUCCGGGGCCGAGUCAGGGCGGCCGUCCAUCAACAGAUAAAGCUGGGUGCUCCCAAUAUAUGUUAUUUUGGUUACAAACAGGGAGGCCUGGAAAAUAACCCCCGCAUGAAUUGAGAGUUGUCUGUAAUACAAACUUCUUCUAAAAUACAUAUGUCCUGAUUUUAGUGAACCAUAGGUUUAAUGCUUCUGUGGAGAGCAUGUUUUUAACAUUUGUUUGUUGUUUUAUUGCUGGUUUGAGCUUCUUUGGGAGGAAGGGUGGGAUAGAAAUUCAAGAAAUGCACAAUAAACAAACAAAACAAUACUUUCGCUGUUAAAUGAAAGAUGUUACUUAUAACUAAAGGUCAACAUAGUUUGACCAUCCCUCCUCAUCUUCUAAGAGCAGAAUAUGAAGGUCUUGCUUAAUCAGCAGCUUUUUUGUUACUCCCCUGGAAUUAGCUUUGUGUGAGAACUAUCUCAGCCCAUCAUUCCAGAUAUUUAGAUGACAUAAAACAUUUUUAUUUAGAUGAUUAUGUGAUAAAAAGUGUUGUUGGUUUUAAAUUAUUGAUAUUUUGAUGUGUCUUAUCUUUAUUCAAUUUAAUUUUAGCAGACUUUUUAUUGUGUGCCAGGGACAAUACACUGGAAGAGGAAUUGCAAAAUAAAUGUAUUGAUAAAACUGGAUAAAGUCUAUCCCUCUUCGGGGUUAAACUGCACCCGUAUUAUUGCAGGAAGGAAAUCUCUGAACACUUGUUUUUCAGGCCACUAUUAUUCUGUUUCUUAAAGCUUUAGGCUCAGGGAGCCCACAGCCAAAAUAAAUAGCGAAAGAAGAAGAGUUUGUAAGACACUAGUUUAAAGCAGCGUUUAUUCAUCCCUGACACAGUUAUGUCUUUUAUGCAUUUAUUAAUGAGCAGCAAUCUGAACAACAACAGACACCAUAGUGCCUCAGUUUUUACUGUGGUUAAUGUUCACUGUGGUUUAACACAUUAAUAAAAGCAGCAGAUUUGACCUUAGUGCACUGGGGGAAAUUGCAUAUAGUCUAUGUUUUAUUCUUUGAUUAUUCAACUGUAGUAGGCAGCCUUCAACAAAAGUUAGCAAGGCGUGAUAAUUGAUUUUGCUACUUUCUCAUAGAGACCUCUACCAAUUUUAAGCCCCAGCCAUUUAUUUUUCACUGUAAAAAAUGUUGUUUGAAUGUUUACACUCCCCCCUUCAUAAAGCAAACCAAGAUACAUUAAUUCCUUAAGGAGACAAGAUGCAAUUGUAAACUGGAUGCAGAUACACACACAGUGCUUUGAAGGUGUCCCAGUGAAGGGGGAAACAGUAUCGGGAAAUAACAGUGCUUGUGGAAAAUUACUACUGUUGUAACAUGCCAUUCCAACCAGUCACAAGCAUAACCAUGAUAACAUAUUGCAAUGGAAGAUGAGAGAUGGAUACUUACCUCUGUAGUCUCCCCAAACAGGCUUGGGAGAAGUGUUUGGGGGUUUGCCUGUAAAGGAGAAUAAGUUUCUGUUCUUCUUUCAUAGCCAGUGAAUAAAUUGGGGUAUGAGCUAAAUGUGAGUCACUAAAAAUGAGAAGGGCCAUCAGAAAUAUGCCACAAGCUAUUGAACUGCCUCUUUCAUAAGCAACUAUUAAACAGGAAAAUGUUUAUGUGAAAUGAAGUAGAACCAUGUUUUAAUAUAUGCUUCAAUGUGCUCAUUCUUUUAGGGUGGAAAGAAAAUAUCUUGGCACGUAUGAAAUCCCAUCCUUAAGCAUCUGAAGAUAAUGGGGAAUGUUGGGAUAGGAAAAAUUCCUUAAAACUACUGGGUAGGCACUAACUAGGAAAAUGAGUGCCCAGGGGAAGGAUUAGGUAUUUUUGAGGCGAGGUGACCAGAAACAUACACAGUAUUCCAAUAACAGUUACACCAUAGAUUUGUAUAAUGGCAUUAGGAUACAGGCAGCUUUAUUUUUGAUUCCUUUCCUAAUGAUCUCUAGCAUGGAUUUUGCCUUUUUCUUUUGUUUUUUUUAAAUGAUAUUUAUUGAAAAAUUUUUGAAUUACAGAGAAAAAACAAAGCAGAAAAAGAACAAAGAAAAAACAAACCACAUCAAACAAUACAAAUUCAAAAAACAAAAAUACACCACAAACAGACAAAAAUAAAUCCAUCAUUCUCGAAUCCUCAACUCUCAUUACCUUUUUUCUUUGACCUCCUCCUCCUCCCUUUUUUUGUAUCCUAGUUAAUAAUUAUCACAGCAAAUCCUUUCCAUAUUUCAUAAUAUUCUGUCAUUACAUUACCUUAAUCUAUUUUCAUCUUAUCUUAUAGAAAACCUUAAAACUUAAAACUUAAAUCUUAUUUUUACCGACUUCUCACAACCAUAAUAUUCUUACCUAAUUCUUUAAACAUUUUUGCUAGAGCCAAGUAAUUUCGUUCCAACAUUUUUCUAACAUUCCUCAAUUUUAUAAAACAAUCCUGGUAAUAAAAUAAAAAAUAAAAACAAUCCAAUCUUCAUCCAGCGUCCCUUCCUCCUGGUCCCGGGUUUUGUCAGUCCUUUUUAUCCCAUCGAUCUAGCGCAUUAACCUGGUAACCUUAUAUCCGAGGCCCUUAAGUCUCUUCCAUGUCCCUUCCGCAGCUCUUCUUCAUAUUCUCCUUUCACUCGUGGGAACUCCAGCUUGGUGAUGUUUUUGGCCCUUUUCAACAAAUCAGCCCCUUUUCCAUAGUCCAGACUCAACUCCAUGUGGUAUUUAAAAACAUGUUUCAGAAUCCCUCCAAAAUUGAGAGCCCCCACAGCUCCAAACAUCUCACGGCCCAUUGCCAGACUCGGAAAGUCCAAACAUCCCUGCAUAGGGGGGUCUAUCCAACCCCCCGUUUCCAGACCAAUCCAAACGUUAUCUUUCCAAAUCUGGCUUUUUCCAAGUUCAUUUGUCAAAUCCAAAAGCUCAUGUUCCUGCAAGGCCGCAGCUCCCUCCAUCUCUGGCGCCCAAGAUUCAGCAACAUCCUCUUCUCUCAUCUGCUCUGUCAGGACACACUCCUGAUCUAAUUCCUGGGUGGGCUCCACAUAGUUUCCCAGUGCCUGUUCAAAAAUUCUGACCGCAUUAGUCAUCAAAUCAGUCUUCUCAUUUAACUGUUCCAGUAGGGCACUUGUUUUACAGAGAGCACACAACAGAGCCUCUGAAUACAUUGUCCUACAAGGUCACAAGUCCAUUCCCACGAUUGUAAUCUGUGACAGCUGCAAGCUCCCUGGAAUUAGUUACAGUUUCACAGUCUCCCUCUAGGGGGAGAACUUCUAUUUGUUCUUGCAACAAAGUAUCCUUUUUGAGAUAUUUUGUCAAUAUUUGUUCCUUUAAAAUGCGAAAGGAAACAGUGGACUCACUAUGUUUCUCUUCUUUAACUAUCUGUCAAAAACGUUUGUCUCUGGUCAAUGAGCUUCAAACGUCAGUCCUGACACCCCGCUCCAGGAUCAGGACGGUGGAAAGUUACUUUACUUUAAACUCACUUCUGCAGGUUUAAACAGUCCAAAAAGAUCCCCCUUCUUCUCCUGCUGCCGAAGGGGGGUUCAACAAUUUUAAAUGAUGAAAGCCAAUCCUUUAGAAGCGAUUUUCUGAGCUCUAGUUUACGUUGUCUUUGCUUUAUUCUGUCUACAAAGAAACGGAAGGCUGACUUCCUGUUUAGACCUUCCCGUUUCAGUACCAAAUUGAAGUAAAUUUUUAAGUCCAAUUCCUUUCUGCUUGCAAGUCCUUAUUUAAAGUCCGAUUGUUCAAAGUUUAAGUACUCACGGGUGCUUAUUUUAGAAGCCAAAUUGUCCCAGGAAAAAGGCAGCGCUCUCCGGCAACGGCUAUGCGGCUUCGCUCCACGGAAAUAGCAGUUGACUCACAGCACCGUGCCACUUCCCCCUCUUCACUUCGGAGCCCGUUAGUGGGUUCCUUUGCGGGUUGGGGGGGCGCUAAGGGUGCCCGCCGAGUCCCAUGGUCACAGGCUUCAUCCGCCUGUGAUUUUUAACAGGGUCCCCGCUUCGCCGUAGCGGAAAAGACCCGUUUCACGCAGAGCUAGUCCCUCCAGUUCAGAGGGAGUCCGCCAUUGCCGAUGGCGCCACCCCGGAAGUCGGAUUUUGCCUUUUUCAUGGCUUCUGAGCACUGGGUCAACAUCUUCAUUGAGCUAUCUACUAAGACCCCAAGGUCUUGUUCCUGGUGUCACCUCCAGUUCAGACCCCCAUGAGCAUAUAUGUGAAAUUAAGAUAUUUUGCCCCAACAUGUAUCACUUUUGACUUGUCUGUAUUGAAUUGCAUUUGCCAUUUUACCACUCAUUCACUCAAUUUGGAGCAGUGUUAGAAACUAAAAUAUGAAAGCUAGGAGCUAAAUGGCACCUUAAACCUAGGCAAAACAAUGGAAUGUCUAGGCACACUUUUUUAUAACAAUACAAAGGUGAAAAUGAAUGAACUGCAACUAAAAUCUUAUGUUCAUUUUUCACAUGGUCUAGUCCUCACCUGAAGCUUUCCAAAAACAAAGCCAUGCUUCCCCUGCCCCACCUCCUAAUAUUCUUAAACAAGGUCCCUUCUACACUCUUCAGAGAGUAGUAGGAAGUGGGGAGGCAGAAAAAGGUCAUCCUUUCCUUCUACUCUGCAAACAAGCCCUGGAUUCUCCCUACACCCCCUUUCCUUCAUAUAAAUAUCUCUUUUUGGCACCACAAUUAACACAUAUUAAAGGCCUAUACAACUGAUGGCAGAGACCCACCUUGAGUGUCCAGUACGCAAACCUAAGACUUAAGGGUCCUUCAAUGAUCCCACUCCAAAAUUUGUUUUGAUUUUAAGCAUCACUGUGAGAAUCUGAGGUAGAUAACACUUUAACAUGCACUUCUUCCUCAAACUCAGCCCUCCAGAUGUUUUUGACCUUCCAGUCCCUUGAUCCCUAGCUAGCAGGACCAGCGGUCAGGGAAGAUGGGAACUGUAGUCUCAAAACAUUUGGAGGGCCGAGUUUGAGGAAGCCUGACUUAAACCAUCACAACUAACUGGCUAGUAUAUUUCAAAUUAAAAGUACAUUAAACAAGGCAACUAAAACCUAAACAAAACAUGUUGGGUUUAAAAUAAAUGAAUUUUUUCAGGUCCCCAAUGCAUGCAUGUUUUACUUGGGAGAAAGCACCCUUGAACUUGGUUGGAAUUUACUUCUGAGUAACAGUGGCAAUUUUAAUCUGAAAUCUUAGGCACAGUACUGCACCCAGAGCUCAAAAUGCACAUAGAACAAUGGGAGUUUCAAAGGCUGAUUUGGAGAGGUCCUUUGGGAGCACUUUGCAAUCUCUUUUUUCUUUAAUGACCCCAAACAAUUUAGUAUCCUCAGCAGACUUGGUCACAUCACUGCUAGUAUUCUUGGCCCUGUUGAUAUUUGGUGGUGUUUCAUGUUUAGUAGAUAUGUGGCCUUAGCCAGAUACAUAAAAAACUCUCAAGUACUUCACUGUUUUUUAUCUCAGAUGUAAGAGGAUUAAAAAAAACACCACUGUUAAACUACAGCUUUUAAAAUUUGGAGAGUUGUGUUAAAAUGUCUGGUGAGGAACAAUGUAAGGCUGAAAAUUAUUAAAGAUUUGUCUUAUCCUUCAUUUUCUGUACUCCUCUCCAAAUCCAGUAUUUAAGGAUUUGUACAUGAAAAUUAAACUUCAGUUCUUCAAGUUUAAUUCUGUUCUGCAAAGAGCCUAAAAGUCUGUAAAAAAAUUCAUUUGUCUAGUGUGUACACAUACAGAUAUAUUAUUAACAGUAAGUGGUGACUUUUUUGACAGAGUUUUGAAGGCACUAUUGUGUGGGAAAGCCAGGAUCUGCAAGGCCUAGUUUCUAGAAAUCUUCACAAAGUGAUGGUGAAUGAUGGCGGAGGUGUCUUCAGAAUCACUACGGUCUGUCCUUUUAUUCCUCCAUAUAAUGAUUAUAAUAGGGCAGCAUUUUGGUAAACAUUUUAAGCAGGUCAAAUUCUUAAGUAACCUCUUAAAUAUGUUUUUGUUUUACUUGAAAUCAAAAUGGUGCAUUUGGAUCAUUUUAUCAUCUUAUAAUAGUUUUGAGUAUUUCUAGUUUAUACAUCUGUAUAAAUUCAUAAUCUUAAAUAGAAUCUCCAGAGGGGAAAUGCGAAUGCUUCUAACUCUUUAUGACUACUUCCAUCUUGAAAGCCAUUAUGAAGGGCAGUUGCCUUAUUAGCUAAUGCAUUUUAGCCAAGAACAAAUGGCUCUGAAUUGUUAUAACUAUAUUGAUAUAACAAGCAUGUUGGGCAUGUUGAGUAUAAAAUAACAAAAUAUCAUAAUUCCUCUUUAUAUACCUGUAUCAUACCAUCUUCUAGUAUAUGUUUUUUGAACUGCAGGUCUACUUUGGAUAACCAUAAGAUUGACUUAUCUUAGGAAUCUCUAUUUCUAAUACUAGAUGCAGUGGGGAUCUAGUAUUCCUGCUAGGAAUAAAGGUGAACUCAUUGCAGCUCUGCCAUAUUUUGCCACUUUAUGGCAUCAGAGUAAUGGUUUACUAGCUGCUCUGAACACUUGCAUUUGAUUAGGGCUGCAACAUUUAAUCAAUUCUUCGGACAAAAUGUUGGAGGAAACCAUGGCAGUAACUAGUUUCAAACCAUAUUAGUUUUGUAGCAGUGAUAUUUCUGUAGCAAAAGUUUAACUAAUUCUCUUCUGUUUAAUCAUUGUGCACAAUAGGCAGGGGAAGGGUCAUUGCCACAUGAAUUUACACAAGGUGUGGAAGGGAUUGCUGGAGGCUUUAUUUACACAAUUCAAGGUAGGCAUCAAAACAUAUACUCUUAUUAAGGCACUGCUGUUUGAUGCUUGCUCCCUCUAGUGUUUUAAAGUUAGUUGACUCCUGACAGAGCUGCCUGAGAUACUGUAUGGCUCUGGGGUUGUGCAGCUUGUAGUCAGCUACCGCAAUCCUGGAACAUCCCAUCUGACGAAAACUGUUGCAACUUCUUUGAUUGCUUACAAAUAGCUCUGGCAGAAAGCGCAAAGCCGCCUGGCCAUACUGCAUCCUAGCUCUCAGGUGUGAUUUGGACUUUUCCUGUGUUAUGUGGGACAGAGAAGCUUCACCACAGCCCUUGGGGGGUCAUUUUCCAAUAUGUGAAGAUAAUCGUUUCUUUCAGUAUUUAGCAAGGUGAAGUAGUAGUACAUUGGAUGUUAAAUAUUCUUGAGAAUCUCAGAAUUCUCAUCUUGCAGAGUCCUUUUUUUAAUACCCUUAACUUAGGAAGAGAAUAUUUCUGUUGCAAAGUAAAGUGUAUUUUUUAAAAAUCUAGGAAAGAUAAUUAUUUUUCCAAUGCAUCCUUGGCCGCAACCUAAUUUUCACUGAUUUUCACUUAUGAGUCUUUGUCUUAAGAAGCUGUUAAUUUUACGUUUUUGCUGAUAUUUUAAAUAUGUGAGAAAACCUAUAAUCAGUUCUACAGAGUGAUCUUUUCAAUUUUAGACACAUAUGAUUUUUGAAAGCUUACCAUUUUCCUAUCUCAUUAUCAGAGGGAGAGGCACUCCUAAAAAGCCUACAGAGUCGCCCUGAAAGAUUCACGCAUCAUAUAAAUAAACUUGAAGAGGAAGAUGCCUUAUUGAAAGUAGAAAGCAACACUUAUGAUGAUAUUGUUUUUGUUGAUGUAAUUGAUACAUACAGAAAUGUUCCAGCCAAAUUACUGAACUUCUAUCGAUGGUAAGUUGGGAGAAAUGUUUGAGGGUUUUGCCUGGUUUAUCUGGUGCAGAAUUAUAAAUGCCUUGAUGUUGUGGAUUAUUUGCAGGUGUGAAUGAACUGUAACUUGAAAUGACCAUGGGCCUUUUUAAAGAUUCCAAUACAAUUAAAAUGUGCAUAUUUCCCCACUGUUUGUGUAUGUCUGUUCCCUGACUGCCCUCCUCCUUGUGGGGCCACAUUUUCCCAGUAACAGAUGUAUGUUAGGUUAUAUUAAAAUAAAAUUGAUUCCCCAAAUUACUAUGUCCUUUGCUGCUAUGCUUGCCACAUGAAGUAUGACAGCAUGGUAUAUUCUUGACAAUUAUAUUACAUACAUACAACAAACUUCUCCCCUCCCCAAUCCUUCAUAUUUACAUUACUGCAUUAUUGCUUUUUCUCCUAUUUUUGAGUUUUUAAAGUAUGAUAAUAGUUGUGCAUUCCUUCCUACACAGUGGAUAUGUAGGGUCAUUAAAAGCAUUGAGAAAUCUCCCUACCCUCUACUUUCUGUUGGGGGAUUUUUCAAAAUAAAAAAAACAGCCUGCAUUCCUCCUCUCCAGUGCUAAAGUAUGCUUCUGUUCAAUUACAAGGGUAAACAGGAGCCUGGCUUUCCCUUUUCCAGAAGGCUACCAUCUUCACUUUCCUAAUGUAAGGGUGGGAUAUUGCACUAUUUGCCCUCUAUCACAUCUUACAGGAGUAUCCUACUACUAAUAAAAUAUUAUUGGAGCCCCGCCCCCUUUUUCUUUUUCUUAUAUGGGUUUCAGUGCGUCUUAAUUAGAACAAACAGUUGCCUCCCAGUGCCAGAAGAGGAAGAUGAAAGAUGACAGCAUUUCUUAUUAGGCUGAAGAUGACAAACAUUUCAGAAUUAGAGCUCUUUAUUUUUAACUGCUGUCGGAGAGGGAAUUUCAGCUCCUGUGGAUUAUCAUGCAAUGGUGCUGGGCAACUGAAAAGUUGCAUUCCUUCCUCGAUGCAGCCAUUAAAGCAAGGGGCCAGAACCUUUGGGGCCAAUGGGAUGUUGAGUGUGUCCUUCUGCCAUGGUGGGGGCCAUGCCCAGUGGCAAAAACCCAUUGCAAAGAAGGCAAACUGGUGAGACUAAAAGGCAAGUUACUUCCCAAGAACCAGAAUACAAGGGUGACGUCUUUUUCCCUUACCCUUGCCUUCGCCCCCCCUUCCGCUGUCCUCCUCCUUGUCGCUCCCCUGGUGCUGGCAGGAAGGGGCUCCUUUUCCUCUUAUUGCACCUGACUGCUGUCUUUAUUUUUCUAGAGUACCUCUAGGCUUUAGGGCUGGAUGUGGGAAGGGUAAGAGUGCUGCAUGGGUGCUGCACUGGGAAAACCUGUAUUAAAGGUAUAGAAGCCGAAAUGUUGAAACAUUGAUCAUCCUAUUGCAUCAGACCUGUUUCAGUGUAGUUAUUACAGUAGCUUCAAUGCAUUUUAAGGGACUUUUGUAGUAUUUACUUAUUUUAUUUAUUUAUUAGAUUUGUAUUACGCCCUAUACCCACAGGUCUCAGGGCAGUUCACAGAGUAAAACCGGAAUAUCAAACCACAAAAUGCAUAAUCAAAAUAAAAACAACAACCCAAUAAUAGUCUCAUUGUUUUUUAUUUGGCUACAGGACGGUAGAAGCCGCUAGUUUCAACGUAUUGCUGAAGACGGAUGAUGACUGCUACAUAGAUUUGGAGGCUAUGUUCAACAGAAUAAAGCUUAAAAACUUAGGCAGACCAAAUACUUGGUGGGGAAAGUAUGUUUGUUUGCAUUUAAAUAAAUUGUUUACACCAGUAGUGUUUCUGCUGCUGUACAGUUUCAUAGGCAAUAGGUAUCCUUGCACUGAAGGAGCUUAUGGUUGAAAAAUAAUGGGGAGCAUAGGGGAUAUUUUAAACCCUGAAAACAAACACCAAAUAUUGUUUUUAAAUGUUUGUUUUAUUUUCAUCUUGUUGCAGAGUAUAAGUGAGCAAGCAUGAACACACUAAUAACAGAAAGUAUAUUUAAGGAAAUUUGCAACUCUGGUUGCAAUUUAAGGGUCCAAGCCAUACUUGAACCAAUAUUUUGAUUUGCAUUCUAUAUAAACCUCUAACUGCUGAAUCAAAUACAAUAUUUCUAGAUAGCAUAAAUGAUGGAUGGUUUUCCAUUUCUGGCAUCCUGCUUGUACAAAGAUUUCUGCUUGUGCUACCAGACCUCCCCCUUAUCUACAACAUUCAUCUGCUCUGGGCAAGGGAAGGAAGGAAAGUCCCAUUGCAUCUAUGAAUUUCCUUAUGGGUUCAUUCAGAUAUGAAGUAUAUUUAAUAAGCAGCUGAACUGCAGAAUCAAUACUGCCUGCAUGCUCCAGAGAUUGAUUUGCAUGAUGAUGUAUUGGUUUGUUUUGGGGGCUGGUUUCUGGUAUCAGUCUUCUCUUGCAACUUCUUUGGAUUUCCUCAUGAUGCCUUUGCUUAGAUUGGCAAAAAUGCUGGGUGGGAGUGAAGGUGGAUGUCAAAGCUUUUACUAGAGGUAUCAAUAAUUCCCUUGAUACUGUAGAGGAGGCAAAUAUAAGCAGGGAGAUGGGAAAAGAAGAGAGGUUAACUAGCCUUCGUUGUUUUUUCAUGAAUCCUGUGAUAAAUUUUUUUUCUGCACUACAAGGUGAAUGAUUUCACUAUUUCACGGUGCCGACAAACCCCCACAAAAAUAGGAAAAAUAAAAUGUGUAAAGAACUUUAAAAGCCAAAAAGUGGGGCACAUAGGGGCUACUUUUCUACUUGUAUAUUGAAAAAAAGGAACAGGUGGCAGCACAAAAAAUUGCAAGUUGCUGCCUGAAAGAUUAAAGGGGUCAGACAUGAGAGUGAGCUCCUUCUCUGUAGGGACUAGUCCUGAUGAUUAAAUUGACUAGUUGCCAGUCCUAGAGAAAGGGUUUCCUCUCCCUUAGUCAGAAUUAAAGAGCUAUUAACAUUCUGUCAAAAUAACUUGAUUUUGGUCUCAAGUUUCAGAUUAAAUUGGGCUGUCGACCGCACUGGGAAGUGGCAAGAGCUAGAGUAUCCAAGUCCUGCAUACCCAGCCUUUGCUUGUGGAUCUGGUUAUGUAAUUUCCAAAGACAUUGUAGAAUGGCUUGCAAGAAACUCAGAGAGAUUAAAGAUAUAUCAGGCAAGUAUUUUCACAGGAGGAAUGGAGAUAGGUUUGUGUAUAUGUAAUCCUAUUUAUUUUAUAAACAGACAUUCCAUUCCCCCCCAGCCUAGCAUUCUAAUAUUGGGACUGAGAGUUGUUGUUGUUUUGGAGGAGUCCAUUCCAAGAGCUUCUAUAUGGAUAUGUGAACUCUGCAGUGGCUACACAAUCCCCAGGUUGGCAAGGGCUUCCCUCAUUCCCUUGUUCAGGAAUAAGUCCAUUGUUAGACUUGUGCGGUUUUGGAUCAAAGCCAAAAGUUACACAGCAUUACACUUGGCUUGGGGGUUUCUGGUUGCAUGGAAGUGCUCCAUUACCUCAAAUAUGGAUGUGAUGACAUCUAUAUGCUUCAAACACAACAACACACCUAUACACCAUAGUUUUUUGUUAAAUAUUUACUUAUGAAACUCAGCACAAGUUUAAAUGAUGAAGUGUGUGCCAUCUUGAGUCUUUGUUGAAACUGAACUCAUUUCUUCAUUUUGGCUUUUAUUUUGAUUUAAAUGUGUGCAUUUAGGGUGAAGAUGUGAGUAUGGGUAUUUGGAUGGCAGCCAUUGGGCCAAAACGCUAUCAGGUAUGUUUUUACUUGAUUUGUUAAGUAACUGAGAAUCCUACAUACAUGUACUUGGGAAUCAGCGCCAUUUCACUCAGUGCAAAUCUGCUUAGAUUGAGCUGUAAAGAAUUUUAAGACGGCUAAGGAACAGAUGAUUGUUAUUAUGUCCUCAUAUGUAAAACCACAGAGUUCAAAGAGGGUGUACUUCCUUUUCCCCAGGACUGUAUUUUCCUGGCACGGCAUACUAUGUGCAUGCUUUGCUUCUCCUACAGCAGUGGUGGCAAACCUACAGCAUGCAUGGCAAAGGCCACUCAAAGCCCUCUCUGUGGGCAUGUGCGCCAUCACCCCAGCAUGGCCAUAGCUUCUGUGCCUGGGGUGGCAGGGGAGGAGAGGAGGGCUUUCGCACACCGUCCAAAGCUUGUGGCACCAGGGCCUGGCGAGUAUUGAGGGGCUGAGCACGCACUGACUUUUGAUGCGUCAGGGCCUCCCACCAGUCUCUUUUUCCUACUCGGGAGUAAGCCGCCUUGAGUUCAGCAGGGCUUAACUCCAAGGUCAGUAAGCAUAUAAAGAAGGCAACCUAAGAAGGGGCUGCUGGGUUUACCUAUUUGUUGGGCUAACAGAGAAAUUCAUUCUGUGGAGGCUGCGAUCAAACGGCAGCCGAAGAAACAGCAAAACAACAACAAGAAUAAUAUUUAUUUAUUUCCCACCCAUAUGGCUGGGUUUAUUUAUUUUUAUGUGUGCAUGCAAUCAUUAUUCUCAUAUAUUAAAAAUUGGGAAAGGGUGGCUCUUGGUACAGCCCUCCAGUGUACACUAGUGGCCCUAAUUGUGGAACCUUCUGGAAAAAAUGUAUUUCCAAGGUUUGAUGGCUCAUAACACAACUCUGUUUUGGAGUAAUACCAGUGGUUUUUUUCUGUGGGGACACAUACCCCUAAACAUUUUGUGAAUUUAAUGGGAGAAGAAAUUCACUGUAUUUAUUUUUCCCAAUUUGAACUGUAUUUGUUUUUCCCCAGUGGUGAUUUUCUUGAGUCAAAAUGAGAGUACCCCUAAGCAUAUUUUUGGAAAAAAGCACUGAGUUAUACCAUAACAUUAUAUAUCAAUGGAAAGACAAUUAAAGAAGAAUGUAAUGCAAUAACUUUUAUGAAGGAUUAUUUAUUACAACAGCAGUCAUAAAGAAGAAAUGUGAAACACACAGAAAAAAAGGAGAUAUACAGUGAUACCUCGGGUUACAUACGCUUCAGGUUACAGACUCCACUAACCCAGAAAUAGUGCUUCAGGUUAAGAACUUUGCUUCAGGAUGAGAACAGAAAUCGUGCUCCGGCGGCAUGGCAGCAGCAGGAGGCCCCGUUAGCUAAAGUGGUGCUUCAGGUUAAGUACGGACUUCCGGAACGAAUUAAGUACCCGAGGUACCACUGUACAGGUUAAAUUGCCGUGUUGGCACUUUAUGAUAAAUAAGUGGGUUUUGGGUUGCAGUUUGACACUCGGUCUCUAAAAGGUUUGCCAUCAGUGUCCUAGUUUCUUGGCUCAGGGUAGCAAAACACUGCAUCCAUUCCAGUGGUCUGAGAAUCAGUUGUAUUUAGCAGAUCUUUGCCAAACAGAGAGUAUGGGAUGGGGAAUCUGUGGCCUUGCAGAGGAUUCUUGACUACAGUUCCAAUCAUCCCUACCCAUUGGCCAUGAGAGCUGCAAUGCCACAACUCCUGAUUGCUGCGUGGCAUCUAACCUGGUGACUUGCUGGAUGAAGCAAUCCAGUAAUUUAAGAUUCAGUCUUAAGCGUUUGGUUCCUGUUGCCAGCAAUAUAUUUCUAGUUAUUUAUUGAGGAAAUCUUUGACUUCUGCUCUUCUUUAGUUUCUCACUACCCCUUUAUCUGCCUAUCCCUGCUGUCUAUAUUUUAAAAUCUUGUUACAAGAGGAUACUUGUAUAACUAAUACGAACUGCCUUUGGAACUAUCACUGGAACUAUCUUCUUUUCAAUGUUUGCCAUGUUUUGUUUCCUGUUAAAGAGUCUCUGAAAUAAUUCUCUCAAACAGGACAAUCUCUGGUUGUGUGAGAAGACAUGUGAGAGUGGUAUGUUGUCCUCUCCGCAGUAUUCUCCAGAGGAACUUGCAGAGCUCUGGAAAGUCAAGGAACGUUGUGGAGAUCCCUGCAAAUGUGAUGAAAGAUGAACACUGGCCAACAGCAUGAGGAAACUGUAGUUUGCAGUGAUAACAGGAAAGGCUCUCAGUGGUUUCUGAAAAGAAUUUUCUUUCAUAAGACACAACAUCAGUCUCCUGUGUAGUUUGUCACUUGUGACAAAUAUUAAGUGUGGGUAAGUGGCAAUUGUGUGUAUGUGUCCCCCCCCCCCGCCCCCAGAUUACAUGGAAAAAGAGGAAAUAUGUUUGCUGUGGGUGCCAAACUAUACAUGGAAUUCACUUAUUCUCACAGGCGGAUUCACACAGGUAAUUUGUUUUGUGUCAAAUGGCCCUUUUAACAAUGUUUUCUACAUCUUUUCUUUUGUAAAGGGAGCCUUUCGAUUUCCAUAUUCUCUAUAGGAGUUUUACAAAGCUAAAUGUGAAGUAAAGCAAUUUUCUUUAAAUGACCGAUGUAGAUAAGCUUAACCUCUCAUUCAUUAAUAUGCAAAAAGAACAAGGAUUUAAGUCUAGCCGUAGGAAUAUAAGUGUACUAUUGUAAAAAUAAGUAUGUAAAGAGGCCCGCACUACUGUGCCAACGCAGGAGGGAAGCAUAAGUUAGUGUACCAGUAUUCCACUUAUGGGCACUAUAAGGUGGUGAAUGCUGCAGUAAUUCUACAUUUCUUCAUUCCUUGCACCAGUGGAUGGGGGAAUCAGGGUAGCAGGUCCUUUCUCCCAUGUGGUGGUGUGACUAUGGAGCACUCAGGCAGCGAUCCUAUACCCCACUGGGCGGGUGGGGGGCAGGCAUGGUGUAGGAUUGUGCCGCUAGUAGCUGUGUUUACUUAGUAGUGUUAUGCUUGCUAGUAAUGCAGUGCCCUCAGGCCAGGUGGACAAUGAGAAUACCUCAGUUUUUAAUUAUCGAGAUCUUAUGAUUAUAUCUAUAAUAAUGAGAGUAGAAUUUAUUAUAGUCCCAUCCACUUUUAAAAGUUAGCAGCGUAGCACAAACCAUGGGUUAAAUGCAUUUCCAUUAAGUUGGUUAAAGCUUACCUUUUCUCAAUGAGGCAUGGCACUGUUUUUAAAGAGAAAUUUAUUAACAAAGUACACCACCUAGUAAUUUGUCUAGUAAAUAAGCGUUCCAUUUUUCAUAUCAAGGUUCUUCCAGAAAAUAGUUUUUUAAAAAAUCAACAUAUGACGUGUAGAGGCUUUGCUAGCAGCAUACAACUGUUUAUUGAAAGACGUGAAGGCAGCAGUUACCAUCGGACUAGUAUGGAGUCUUCAUUUUCAAUAGAGUAAAACUGCAAUGGCUUUAGGUCAUUGUCUAGUUCAAAUUCCUUGCCUUUCAUCUAGGAUAAGAAAAGAUCCAGAUAUUAGUCUAUUUUAAUCUUGCAUAACUUUUUUAAAAAGGCAAAAGAUGUGAGAUCAAGCAGCUGCUACCUCUCAAAAGAAAGCCGAACAAGGUCUAAAAUUAUGGUUAUGGUUACUGUCCUUUACAGGAAUCAAAUAAUUCAAUAGUGUUAGAGUGCAGUGUUGACAGUAGCAGUGUGACAAAUUGUAUUCUGUAUUGUAUGAACAUGAGCUUACUUUAGAACUUUCGUAGGAUAGCUUCAGUUCUGAACCUGGGAUUUUAAGUAGCCGAUACAGCAAUCCUUUAACCUUCUGGAUAGUCAUAGACUCUGUAUAGGGAAAAGAAAAUUGAUCAACUUCAAAUAAUUACCUUUUAAUGCAUUUAAGUAGAUUUCCUGAAGUUGCUCUCUUGAAGCAAUUAGCAGCAGCACCUCAGUUUGACAUAAAGGUAAUAAUAUAAAAACUAUAAACCAAAUUGGAGUUUCUAUAGUUUAUGUAUACAACACACUGACUGACCUAAGUGACCUUCAGGACUUAGUUUAUGGCAUUUGCUCUUUUGUACUUUGACUGAAGCUCUUCCCUCUGCAAAAAAUGAUUGUCAUUUUAGGAACUUAUGACAAGGUCCAAAAUCGUGUAUAUUGAUUAGUUCUAGUUUACCACUAGCUUUAUGUGCUUGCAUUACAAACCAAUACAUAUGAACAUGGAGGUGUAUUUUUGUAAUGAGACUUGAAGGAGUAAGUUAGUUUUUUAAAACUAUCUUCUAAAUUUGAGCAAUGCAAGAUAUUAGCUAUUGUGGGUAAUCCCCUUCCCCUUUCAUUUAAAGCUUUAUCUGAAGGCACAGCAAUAGUGAGUUACUCUAUUGUCACAAAAUGUACUUAGAAAAAUAUUUUUCUAUUAACUUUUUGGAAAAGCUGUAUAUUUUAUGCAACUUGUGAUAAAUGUGAUUUUUAUUUUAGAAUAAAUACUUUUCAAAAUACAGUGUUCAAAUUCAUUGACUAUUUGAUCACAUGGGUCAUACAAGUGUGUUAAACUGUAUUCCUGCUACCCCACUGAGAAAUUCCCAUGGAGAAUGAUGGGAUUUGUAUCCAUGGAAUAUAUGCUAUUUCUUCUUCCACAAGAUAGGCAAAACUGACCUGACUUUUGAAUCUAUCUUGGGAUAUUACACAAGAAUGGAAAUGGGUCUUGGCUUUGUGUGUCCCUGUCCACCAGAAAAAUACUUCCACUUUGUUACACUGGCAUUUAUUUUACUUGGGACCUGUAUGUAAUUCUGUAAGCUGCUGCUUAAAUGCUUUUCUCCAAUGUAACAAUUAAGUCAGCAGAGACUACUCUAUGUUGUUUCAUCAAGUAAGUACUAAAGGUGUAAAAUUUUGAAGCGGGGCAGAGAACUGGGCUUUUUAAGGGAAAACAGGACAUGGAAUUGAAAUAUGCAAUUUUCCUUUCAAACUUAUUUUACUGCUUUAACAAUAAGCUAGCAUAUAAAUUGGUAUUAUUUGUCAUGUUUACUCAUAAGUAAAGCCCAGGUAAGCAUACAAAAGCUUGCAGACCCAAAAGUAUAAAUACUUUACGCUGCAGUUCUAUACGUGUCUCUCAGAAGCAAGUCCAAUUAAAGUUCAAUCAUAUUUAAGUGAGUAUAGAAUUGCAGCCUUAAGUUUUAUAUAAGCUAAAGGACCGCAGACAUGGGAUACUUGCUCCUAAUGCCUCCAAACAAGAUCACCAGACAGCCGGCAUAAGGCAAGAAAAUGAUGGCCCUGUAUGUUCUUAAGAAGGCAGCACCCUCUAGGUGCAGAAAUUAAUCUUGAAUCUGAAUGUUGUAUUCUAAUAACGACAGGAAUUACCACCCUCUAAUGUUGCUGAUUAUCUUACACAAAAGAUAAUCUUGCAUAUAUUCCUAAUCUAUUUAGCUUUCCCACAAAUACUCCCCGUUAAGCAGAUGCUGCUUUAAGAGGAUUCCCCAUUUAAUCAAAAUACAUACUUGAACAACUAGACUGAAGUUUUGAAUGUAUUAAGCAGUCAUCCAACCUAACGGGGUGGGGGGGAGUCCUAAUUAGGGUACUCUGUAAAAAUUUUACAAUAGCCUAAUUUCUCUUCUUCUGCUUCAAAGGAAUACUCUUUUAAAGAUGCUUCUUACAUCAGUGUGCAGGCUGAGGAUGAUUCUGCUGCCUUCAAAAAGGCAGAAUGAGGCUAGUUUCUCAAUGCGUUUUUACAAUAGAAGGAAAACUGGGUGGUAUCCAGUGAAACAGUUCUGUUAACGCAAGGACUUUUGGCUGCACAAUAGAACUUACAGGUCAGGUCCUGUCCCUGAGCAUCUCUUAAAUCUGUUCUGGGUUUCCCCUCAAUCUUCUGGAGCAGAUUUGGGAAGGGUGAUGGGGAUGCACAGGGAGAAGUUCUGUUAAAUCAACAAAAAUCCUUGCUGUAAUCCAACUAACUUUGUUGGAUAGCGCUUUAUGUACCCUUGAAGAACUUAACCCACUUAAGUAAAAACACUUAAAUAUGAGGUAGCCAAGAAAAACAAAAUAAUUCUGACAUGCAGAAACAACAGGCUAUGUCAAAUGAUGAAAUCCUGGCUUAAUAUGCCAUGAUAUAAAUUUAAUAAAUAAUAAUGAUAUACCUAAAUUCUGUGCACCAGCAUACAGUCGUUUUGUGGAAGCUGAAAAACAAGUCAGGGAGCCACAGUUAACUGUAAAUUACCCAUUACAUGCCAAAUGGGACCUAUGGUUUAUGACUUUCAAAGAAGCUUGGAUUCUUAAGCUACCGUAUUUUUUGCCCCAUAGGGCGCACCUAGUUUUUUGGAGGGGAAAUAAAAAAAAUUAUUUCCCCCCCAGGCGCAGGGCUUCCCCAGCCCCCAGAACAGGGUGCUCUCCGCAAGCCGUGGGAGCCCUCCCACAGCUUGCGCAGAGCUACCCGAAGCCCGGGCGCGACUGCUCAGCGCACCCCAGGCUUUGGGAUGCAGGCAGCUCUCCGCAAGCCGUGGGAGCCCGGCGGAAACUCCCGCGGGCUCCCAAGGCUUGCGGAUAGCUUCCUGAAGCCUGGAGAGGGAGAGGGGUCUGUGUGCAGAAAGCCUGCAUUCGUCCCAUAGGACGCACACACAUUUCCCCUUCAUUUUUGGAGGGGGAAAAGUGUGUCCUAUAGGGCGAAAAAUAUGGUAACUUAAGCCAUAGCUGGCUUGUAUAGAAGCCAUUAACCCUGGUUCGCAUGUAAUGGGAAGUUACAGUUAACUCUGGAUUCCUGGGCUUCCCUAGUCACCUGAAUGAGUUGUAUGUUGGUGCACAGAACUCAAGCAUAUCUUCGCUUAUUAAGCCGGGAUUUGAUCAUGCUUGAAAUCAACACUGAUUCUUGCCUUACCUGGCAGUUUCUUCUCUAUGGGCUUCUGAUCAGGUCUGUCAGGACACUUAAAGGUCAAAGCUUAGAAAAUAAAGAACAGUGAGAAGCUGAUGUAAUACUAACAUUUUAUACAAUGUAUAUUAGUUAUAGGCAAGGGGAGAAACCUUAUGCAUAUUUCCAAUUAACCCCUAAUGCACUGUUGGGUGUAAGAAUUCUUGACACUGAAAAGUGUAUGGCAAGUUCAAAGGCAAUAGAUUAAUACUGAUAAGUUACAAUACCUGGACAUGAGUAUAUCCUAAGAAACAAUUUCAGGGUGCCAAGAAACUGAGAAACUUUGCUUGAUAUAACUGGAUCACACCACAACGGUAUAAACAGAGUUUAAAAUGUCUUUGGGUCAGGGGAAAGUGGAUGUCACCAUGCCUACUUGUUACCAAAUACACUAAGAGUAUUCCUUCCCCUCUAAAAUAAGCACAUCCCUCUGAAAGCAUUUUUUAAAAAACUCUGGCCUCACCAGGAAUCCUGAGCGUGCUGAGAAAAAUUAAACUUAGAUUCAAGUAGUAAUAAUAAUAAUAAUAAUAAUAAUAAUAAUAAUUUAUUAUUUGUACCCCGCCCAUCUGGCUGGGUUUCCCCAGCCACUCUGGGCGGCUUCCAUAGAAACAAAAAAUACAGUAAAAUAUCACAGAUUAAAAGCUUCCCUGAACAGGGAACAGUAAUAGUUGUAAUAUCACAUGCUGCUUGUCACAUAUAGCAGGGGUGCAGAACAUGCAAUCUUCCCAGUGUUGCUGGACAACACACAUCAUCCUCAGUCUCCAACCAUGCCGGCUGGAGCUGAUGGGAGUUCAGAGGCCAACAUCCUCUGGAGAGAGACAGGUCCCAUACCCCUGAUGUGUAGUAAUAGGAAUCUUUAAAGCCCUAUACGGCCUAGGACCCUUGUACCUACGGGACCGCCUCUCCUGGUAUGUCCCACAGAGGAACUUACGGUCUUCAAACAAAAACAUCCUGAAGGUCCCAGGCCACAGAGAGGUUAGGCUGGCCUCAACUAGAGCCAGGGCUUUUUCGGCUGUGGCUCCAAUCUGGUGGAACGCUCUGUCACAAGAGACUAGGGCCCUGCGGGACUUGACAUCUCAGGGCCUGCAAGACGGAGCUGUUCUGCCAGGCCUUCGGUCGGGGUUCAGUCUGACUCCCUCUCCCCUUUCAUAAGAACUUGUAUGAAAGUGUCCUCCCAAUUUUUCUCACAGGCCCAUAUAAGUUCAGCACAAACAGUUGGGCCUGGUGAGCAUUUAAGGUCCCCAACCCUAAUCUGCGGGUUGCCAUCUCAUUGGAUUUUAUUCUGAUCCUGACCUGAUUUGAGGAUGUAUUUUAAUUGAUUGUCUGAUUUUAUGUUAAUGUGUUAUACAUUUGAUGUUAACCACUCUGAGCCCGGCUUCGGCAGGGAGGGCGUGAUAUAAAUAAAUUUUUUUAUUAUCAUGAUCUCAACAACCCACAUCCUUGUUGGUUUAAGGCUGCAGAAGUUAUACGGCAAGGAGGGGAGGAGUCAUCAGUUAAAUAGUCUGUUUGGGAUGUGUACAACAUCAUAACUGAGACAUCCUUUAAAAAAGUCACCUGCUCUGCAAAUACUGUACUGUAGCAUUACAAACUUCUUUAAAUACUUUUUUUUAGUUUGGCCUUAUAUCUUACCCAACAGCUGACUUUUUAGUGAGAAGGGCUGUUCUCUUUUCAGCUCUCCAUCUUCAGGGGCACCAUAUUCUGUUACGGAAAAAUGACAAGAAUAGCAAUUCACUUAAUGCUUAAAACAAAUUAUUAGUCUUGUGGGUAGGUUCGCUAAUGCUGGCAGGUAAAAGAGGGACUGCAACUUCUCAAAGGUUCAGACAUUUCUGACUGGGGCAUUAAUGGCUACACAAGGGGAACAAUGAAGAAAAAGAUCUGAUGUAGAAAGGUCUGAAAGAGCUCAUAAGCACAUUCAUCUGAAAUGAAUUAGAAGCUUCCAUGCACCCAGGAAUCCCUCAUUACCAGAAAGAACAUACUUAUAAGCCCUGAUUAAACCUUUGCUCAAAUCAAAAAGCUCAUGUGCAGAGCAGGUGUGUCCUCCACUGACUGACCUUGCAAACACAUAUCACAUGAGGAUCAGAAAAGCCAAUGCUUUGUUAUUCUAUGUUAUGAAUUCUGCCAGGGUGCAAGAGAGAGGCAGUUGCUGGGAGAGCAUCUCCUCUUGGCUACAGACAGGUUACACUGCAAGGAUACUGAGAGGAAGAUGCAGUCACUUGGCAUUCCAGAUAAUGCUGGCAACUGGGUUUUGCCCCACCAAAAAUAAAGACUAUUGAGUUUUAUUCUCUGUACUGUAGUUCCAAGGGGUUGGAGCAGGAAACCUUGAACCUGGACUACAUUGCUUCCUGGACAACUUUCUGAGAGCUGCGUGCCAGUGCUGCGUUGAGCCAGAGGCAAAAGUGGGUGCAAGAAUGGAUAUAACUUUACUUUUUUCAGCAGGCUGCAUUCCAGCUACAGCAAAAGCCAGCGGUCUCUACUUGGCUUCACCUCCAAAAUCUCCCCCAGGCAACAAAAAGGUAUUACUGCAGUUCAAGGACACAUACCAGCCAAGCAAAAGCAACCGAAGAGGGCAGAGAGCAGGGCUGGUGAAGGAUACGGCCUGUGGAUGGGCAUGGUCUGUAGAGUC